UGCUGGCUCUUUGAUUGUUUAACCCCUCGAUAUGACCAACUCGGUACUAUAGUCAUGUGAAGUCUCCCUGCAUCUCUGCUGCCCAAGACUUUCCGGUUUUUCUUUUAAAUGAAUGUACUGGGUUCACUUUCCCCCUUUCUGCUGUUGUCUGCUGAGCUGGGUCUGGUUGGCGCCAUUCAGAGUGAGGAAGGAUUGUCACAAUUUGGGAGCUGCAACAUUGUAUCACUGAGUAGAUACUACAUUGAUAUCAGGUCUGCCAUGCCCAACAAGCGGAACACAAAGAAGGACUUGCACUCUAACCAGUGGGUCCUGUUGGCACAAGAGUCUGUCAUUGAUGUACCAGACAAGGCUGUCUGUGGACCGGUUUUCACCCGGCUAAGGAAUCCCAAAACAGGCACUGCUGCUUUGUACCUUUUUAAUAGUGGGGCCAGUCAAGUGUAUGAAGUGAAAGCUUUUGAUGAAGAGUAUCGUUCAUGGUUUAUUGGUCAGUCGGUUCAGCAUGAUGGAAGGCUUCUGUUUGUUACUCCCCUGGAUCCAUUAUUUUUGAUACUUCCAUACCUUAUACAGGCCAAUGAGAAGCAAGGAAAGUUUCAGCCAGUGGAUCAGGUAAUAAAGGAUGAAGAUUUUCCCGGGUGCAGCAACGUACUGAAUUGUACAAGGACUUUGCAAUCACUCCACCACAUCACUGAUGAAAAAGAAAUUGGUAAUCGGAAGUUUUAUAAAUAUAAUCAAGAGAAAACACUUGGGUGGCUAAAGAAAAAGGCUGAGCAGACUGUCAAAGCACUGAAGGACACCAGUAUUUCUGUUGGUGGAGGUGUGCAGUCCAGUAUGCUGAUCAGAAAUAAACCAGUUACAGAAGUGACUGAAGAGGAUUACUUACGUUACGCGCAUGGUUUGCUGUCAGAUUAUAUUCCUGCAGAUCUAAGCAUAGAGCUACGCAAGUUCUUGGAGUUACCAGCUGUUCCAACAAAAACAGCAGUGGGUGAGCCACCAUCAAAGAAAAGGAAAAUAUCUGACAAACCAGUGGAGGCUGAAGAGGACUAUACCAAGUUCAACUCCGAUUCCAAAGAGAAAAAGCCCUCCAAGAUGACAGCUGCACAAAAAUCUUUGGCAAAGGUUGACAAGAGUGGAAUGAAAAAUAUCUCUGCUUUCUUUGCUUCAAAGAACAAAGCAGCUACAAAAUCUAUAUAAUGUUUUAGUGAAUAUUUCUUGUACGUUUUAAAUAAAAUUAAAAAAAUGUUUUUGUUAA